AUGGAGAGGGAAGCUGAUGACCUUGCAAGCUUGUUGGCCAAACCCUUGGCUAAGCAAGCUCAGGCAGCAAAGGAUCCGGAAAAUGCAGCGGCAGAGAAGGGGGGGAACAAGCGCAAACGCGCUGAGACACCGCCUCCACCGCCGGCGGCAAGUGGGGCCAAAGAGCAGGAGAAGAAAUGCAAGUCUUGCAAGAAAAAGAAGCCGAUGAGCUCCUUCUACCAAUCACAAGCAAAUUGCAAAGACUGCAGCCAUGCCAAGAAGAAUGUACAAAAGAUGGCAAAGAACCAGAAGGAAACCGCAUGGGUCAAUGGAUUGUCAGAGCAACAGCUCGAGGAACUCACCAAGCUUUACUUGAAAGAAAAAGAGAAGGCGGACAAAGACCAUGUGCGCUGCAACUUCCAGAUCAGGCGGCGCAAGGAAACCGUCAAAGCUUCUUCAGGAGUCAGAGCUGAAGGAAGGAGGCGCUUCAUGAAUGAAAUUGCUUGGAUGAAAUGGGCUCAAUCUGAAGAAGGAGAGAACUAUACAAAGAAGCAAGCGGAAGACAAGUGGCAAGAGAUGCUGUCUGAUGAUCGAGUUGAGCGUUUGGGCGAGGGGAAAAAGAUCCGCUUGGCAGUCAAAGUCUUCGAUGAGCUUGUCGAUUACAGCGAUGUCGGCAAGGAGAGAAGCGUGGAGCAGGAAGGCAGGCUGUCCAACAAGCUCACGAAGGAACAGCUGCAGCAGAAGAUCAACUCCGUCGUGUUGUCCAACCACGACAGUGGCCUGAGCAUUGACAAGGCAGCGUCGGCCCAAACUAUGGCCAAUGAAGUUUUGGAGGGGGGUGGUGAAGCCUGCUUUGGAUCGGCCAACCUUCCCGGCCAAACACUCCAAGGCAUCUACGAGCAAGGGCAAGCUUCUAACAAGCGAAAGCGGGAUGGGGAGAUGGAGGAGAAGGUUGUGGGCUCAGACAGUGAAGGCGGCAAGUCUGACGCUGAAGAGAAGGCGGCAGGGUCCUCGGAAAAGACGGAGAAGCACGGCCGUUCUCAGGAGGCAAAAUGGUUUGAUGCCGAGGCAGAGAUUGCAAAAGCCCAGCGUCAAGUCAAUGAUUUGAAGGGGAAGUUCGAAGUUCGCAUGACAACCAUGCUGAACACCAUGGCAGAGCAAAUGGAUUUGUCCCGUGCAAGCGGGGUUGACAUGCUUGUGGAGAUGAAGAUUGUUGCAUCCCGACGGGAGGCCCUCAACAUCAUCCACUCUGGAGAUGCAGAAUCUUUCCAAGCGUAUUGCGCAAAGAUCUCGAAGAGCCAUGAUAGAUCUGACAGCAGUGUUCAUGUGGACUGCAGGACUGCGCGUGAUGUGAAAAGCGUGAGAACUUCCACGGGGUCAGCGAACGAGCAAGUGGCAACAGUGGCCGGGCCUUGCAACAACUAUGAUAGCCUUGUGACCCUGUCGCAGUUCAGCGGGCUUACCAAGUUUGACCUCGAGGAUGUGAAGACGGCUGACGCCUUGGCCACCAAGUGGAAGGGGAUAAAAGAGGCCAUGAACCAUUGGGAUGAGCUUUUGUCAAGCUGCAAGACUGCGGUGGCGGAGCUUAAGAAGGCCUCCAAGAUGAAGGGCCAGGAACCAAAGAAGAAGGCAAAGGCCAAGGCAAAGUCUGGGCCUAAGAGUCGGGCGAGCAAGAAGAAUGGCAACAAUGUCCCGGAGACUGCUUUCGCCAUCUUUGAUUGGAUCUCCACAGAUGAGCGGGCAUUUGAGAUCACCUCCUCAACUGGGCCGAUCACAAAGGACCAUGAUAUGUCCGAGCCCUUCAUUAGCCGAGUUUCAGCCAGUCUUUGCAGCUUACUGGAGACAAAAGAUGACCUGAAGGCCAAGCCAGAGUGUGCAAACCAUUUGGCCUUGAAGGAGGAGCUGGAGAAUUUCAAGGAAUCUUUUGCUACCAGCGACUUGAGGUUUGUUGCGGGGAAGGCCCAGAAGCUGGCAAGUGACGACAUGGAUGCCUUCAUCAGGCAAUGCUUUGUCAAUGAGUACCUCCCGGCUGACGAAGUCAAGCUCAUGGGUGACAUCGAUGCAGCCUUCAAGCCUUUGUUGAAGGCGGCCUUGUGGGGGUGCGCAGGAGGCUACAGGUCUAUCAAAUUUGAAGUUGGUGGCAUGGCCGUCAUUCGCUUCUGGGAGCAGGGUUCCAGAGAAGUCAUCAUCUUUGGUGCAGGGGACGUCUUGGAUUUUCUGAGACAGGAUGAGACUUUUGAAGAGGGUCAAGUUUUGACCACAACGCAUGCGACCAGCUUCGCUACCCAUUGUGAGGCUGAGCAGUACCAGCGCUUCAUGACCUUUGUCGAAAACAAGAGCGCUAAAGUGUGGAAAGGUAAAAUUCAGAAGGGAGAGGCUUUGUACGUGCCCGCUGGGUUGGUGUCAGGUGAACGCAAUGGGGCACAUGACAAUGCUGGCGUGAAGGCUUGCAUUCUUGCUCCGAAGGACGAGUCUGGCACAGCGUCCUUGCGGAAGAUGCAACAAGAGUCCAAAGAUAUGGGCAAGUCAAGCCCAAAUCUGGAUGCGCUGCUCUUGUACUUGGACGACCUCGCAAGCAAGCGUCGUGCUGCAGCCGCUGAGCAGCCAUCGCCAGAACACAAGGACGAAUCUGGUGGUGCAACGGCCCCGUCGGGCGGAGCGUGA